AUGAGGACGGCAUUGGCCAUCCUCUUCCUUAUGAGCCAAGUUCCACCAGCCAGGGCCAGUUUCAGGGAGAUCUGUGAGCGUCCAAACGGCUCCUGCCAGGAGUUCUGCAUCGAGACGGAAAUCCACGUGGGGAGAUGCCUGAGCGGCCGGGCCUGCUGCCUGCCCCUGGGCCACCAGCCUCAGGUCGAGCCCACGACCUCCGGUCCCGACUGA